AUGCUCGUGCUGUUUGAGACAGCCGCUGGAUAUGCAAUAUUCAAGGUUCUUGAUGAGUCGAAGCUGCAACAGGUCGACAGCCUGUAUAAGGAGUUUGAAACUCCUGAAAAGGCAAACAAAGUUGUGAAACUAAAGCACUUUGAGAAGUUUCAGGACACAACGGAAGCCUUAGCAGCCGUCACUGCCCUCACCGAGGGAAAAAUUGGCAAGAGUUUGAAGAAAGUGUUGAAGAAAGUUGUUGCCAAGGAAGCUCACGAGCAGCUGGCCAUCAGUGAUGCAAAACUUGGUGGGGUUAUUAAAGAUAAGCUGGACCUGAGCUGUGUGUACAGCCCUGCUGUGGCUGAGCUGAUGAGAUGCAUAAGGAGCCAGAUGGAGAGCCUCAUCACUGGCCUUCCUCCCAGGGAGAUCAGUGCCAUGUCUCUAGGAUUAGCUCACAGUUUAUCCCGCUACAAGCUGAAGUUCAGUCCAGACAAAGUGGAUACUAUGAUUGUGCAAGCUAUCUCUCUUUUGGAUGAUUUGGAUAAGGAGCUAAACAACUACAUUAUGCGCUGCAGAGAGUGGUACGGCUGGCACUUUCCUGAGCUGGGAAAAAUUGUCACAGACAAUUUGGCAUACUGCAAAGCUGCUCGCCACAUUGGUGAUCGCACAAACGUGGCGGGCUCUGAUCUGUCGGACUUCCUCCCUGAGGAAAUUGAAGCAGAGGUUAAACUGGCUGCUGAGAUCUCCAUGGGAACAGAAGUCUCGGAACAAGACAUCGGCAACAUUAGGCACCUAUGUGAUCAGGUGAUUGAUAUUUCAGAAUAUCGCACUCAGCUGUAUGACUACUUGAAGAACCGAAUGAUGGCAAUCGCUCCUAACCUGACAGUAAUGGUGGGAGAGCUGGUGGGCGCUCGGCUCAUCUCACAUGCAGGUUCCCUUAUGAAUCUGGCAAAGCAUCCGGCCUCCACAGUGCAGAUCCUCGGAGCUGAGAAGGCUCUGUUUAGAGCCCUGAAGACUCGCAAAGACACACCCAAGUACGGUCUCAUCUACCAUGCCUCCCUAGUGGGCCAGACCUCUGCCAAGAAUAAGGGCAAGAUCUCUAGAAUGCUCGCAGCUAAAGCAUCCUUGGCUAUUCGCUAUGAUGCCCUGGGAGAGGACACUAAUGCAGAAAUGGGAGUGGAGAACCGUGCCAAACUGGAGGCCAGGCUGCGCCAGCUGGAGGAGAAGGGAAUCCGAAGAAUCAGUGGAACAGGCAAGGCGAUGGCAAAGGCAGACAAAUACCAGCACAAGAGUGAAGUGAGAAUAUAUGAUCCGUCCGGCGAUUCUACUAUUCCCUCCACCUCAAAGAAGAGGAAGUUUGAGGAGGUGGAGGAGGAGGCUGAAGAUCCCAUAACACCUGUAGUCAAAUCCAAAAAGCCCAAAAAGGAACGAGUAACAGAAGAAGCAGCAGAAACGUCUGCUGCUGCUGCUGCAGAGGAGACCCCCAAGAAAAAGAAGAAGAAAAAGGACAAGAAAGCGGAGGAACCUGAGGAGGAAGAAGAAGAAGUGGUAGCAGUAACGGAGUCAACAGAGAAAAAGAAAAAGAAGAAAAAAAAGGUCAAGCAGGAGGAAGAAGAUGACUGAAAUAAUGGACAGUGUAUAUAUUUUCUGUUUUUGUCAUUUUAGUUUUGUCAUACAUUUACAUCUAUCAAGAGCAUAACUGUAUUGAGGGCCUCAAAAAGAGUUCACGUUAAAGAACAAUCAUCAGUGGACUUCAUUUUUUAUAACUGCGGAUAAGAUGUGGUUUGAAAUUAGUAUAUUUCCAGUCAUAAAAUCUGUGAAAAAUGUAAAUCUUUUUUAAGUUUCUAAUCUUCUAUCCUGGUUGACUGUUUUUAUGUUGAUUUUUAUUUGCAAAACCAUUUGUAUCAGA